AUGGCAGAUCUUGUUAACUACGGGAAUGGUGAUCGUAAUAUUGAGCAAGCGUUGAUUGCUUUGAAAAAGGGAGCUCAACUACUUAAAUAUGGUCGUAAGGGAAAACCAAAAUUUUGUCCAUUUAGACUCUCACAUGAUGGAUCAUCUUUAACCUGGAUUUCAAGCGGCGGCCAAAAACAACUAAAGCUAUCAUCUGUCUCAAGAAUCAUUCCUGGACAAAGAACUGCUGUUUUCCAACGGUACCUGCGUCCCGAGAAGGACUACGUGUCUUUUUCACUUAUUUAUAAGAACGGAAAGCGGUCUCUUGAUUUGAUUUGCAAAGAUAAAGUUGAGGCAGACGUGUGGAUUUCUGGUCUCAAAAAACUGAUAUUCUCAGGUCAAGGUGGUCGGUCCAAAAUUGAUGGAUGGAGUGACGGGGGCCUCAAUCUUGAUGAUAACAAAGACUUAACAUCCAAUAGUCCAAGUGACAGUUCAGCUAGUGCGUCACUAGACAUCAGUUCUCCUGACAUUUCCGUGAGUCUUCCUAAUACUUCACCGAACUCCUUUUGGCCUGACAAUACCUUAAAUACUGAAAGGUCACAUGCACCAUCUGACUCAACAAAUAUGAUACUAAAAGGACCUAGCAAUGAUACUUUUCGGGUUAGUGUUUCAAGUGCCCCCAGCACAUCUAGUCAUGGAUCUGCACAUGAUGACUAUGAUGCUCUGGCGGAUGUAUACGUAUGGGGGGAAAUCAUCUGCGAAAACGUGAAAGUCGAUGUCGAUAAAAGCGUCCAUUAUUUCAGCCCAAGGGCAGAUGUGCUUCUCCCGAGACCACUGGAAUCUAAUGUAGUUUUAGACAUACAACAUAUAGCAUGUGGUGUUAGACAUGCUUCGAUAGUCACUAGGCAAGGUGAAAUUUUUACGUGGGGUGAAGAAUCGGGAGGACGCCUUGGUCACGGCGUUGGGAAGAAUGUGGUUCAACCUCGUCUAGUUGAAGCGUUGACUUCUGUAACAGUUGACUUUGUUGCUUGCGGGGAGUUCCAUUCCUGCGCUGUUACUAUGACUGGGGAACUAUAUACAUGGGGUGAUGGUACUCAUAAUGCAGGGUUGCUUGGUCAUGGCUCUAAUGUUAGUCAGUGGAUGCCAAAGAGAGUCGAGGGUCCAUUAGAGGGCCUUCAAGUUUCAUCUGUUGCUUGUGGUCCAUGGCACACAGCCUUGAUUACUUCAACCGGGAAGCUCUUUACAUUUGGUGAUGGAACUUUCGGUGUCUUGGGACAUGGAGAUAGGGAAAAUGUUUCAUAUCCUAGAGAAGUGGAAUCGUUGUUGGGGUUGAGGACGAUAGCUGUUGCAUGUGGAGUAUGGCAUACUGCAGCUGUUGUAGAGGUUAUCGCAACACAAUCUAUUGCUAGUUUAUCGUCAGGUAAAUUGUUUACUUGGGGUGAUGGAGACAAAAAUCGCCUUGGGCAUGGGGACAAGGAGGCACGACUUACACCAACUUGUGUGCCUGCUAUUAUCGAUUACGAUUUUCAAAGAAUUGCUUGUGGGCACAGUUUGACAGUAGGACUGACAACAUCUGGACGAGUUUUUACCAUGGGAAGUACUGUUUACGGUCAGCUUGGGAAUCCUCAGUCUGAUGGAAAGCAUCCAUGCUUGGUUGGAGAUAAGAUUGCGUCCGAAUCCGUUGAAGAAAUUGCUUGUGGUGCAUAUCAUGUGGCUGUUUUAACAUCCAAAAAUGAAGUUUAUACUUGGGGUAAAGGUUCAAAUGGGAGAUUAGGUCAUGGAGAUAUUGAAGAUAGAAAAACACCAACUUUGGUUGAAGCAUUGAAGGAUAGACAUGUGAAAUAUAUUGCAUGUGGUUCAAAUUACUCUGCCGCCAUAUGCCUUCAUAAAUGGGUAUCUGGUGCCGAGCAGUCUCAGUGCUCAGCUUGUAGACAAGCAUUUGGCUUCACACGAAAGCGGCACAAUUGUUAUAAUUGUGGACUUGUGCACUGUCAUUCAUGUAGUUCAAAGAAAGCAUUAAGAGCGGCACUGGCUCCUAACCCUGACAAGCCCUACCGUGUGUGUGAUUCUUGUUAUGCCAAAUUGAGCAAGGUUGCAGAAGCUAACAAUCAUAAUAGGAGGAACUCUUUGCCGCGUCUCUCAGGUGAAAACAAGGAUAGGUUAGACAAGUCUGAGCUAAGAUUGUCUAAGGCUGUUGUUCCUUCAAAUAUGGAGUUGAUAAAGCAGCUAGAUAAUAAGGCUGCCAAACAAGGAAAGAAAGCUGAUACAUUCUCCCUAGUUCGCAAUUCACAAACCCCUUUGCUACAGCUGAGAGAUGUUGUCUUCUCCACUGCUGCUGAUCUGAGACGAACCGCACCAAAGCCGGUGAUUGCAGCAUCGAGAGUAAGUUCUAGAUCCACAUCCCCUUUCUCUAGAAGAUCAAGCCCUCCUCGUUCAGCUACGCCUAUUCCAACAAUGUCGGGACUUUCGUUCUCCAAAAAUACUGCUGAUAGUUUGAAGAAAACAAAUGAACUUUUAAAUCAAGAAGUGCAGAAGUUACGUUCUCAGGUUGAGAUCCUGAAACAAAGAUGUAAACUGCAAGAAUUAGAGCUUCAAAGGUCAGCAAAAAAGACUCAAGAAGCUAUGGCACUUGCUACUGAGGAGUCUACUAGAAGAAAAGCUGCAAAAGAAGUUAUGAAGUCACUUACGUCACAGAUCAAAGAUCUAGCUGAGAAGCUUCCUCCUGAAGUUUAUGAUGCUAAGAACAUUAGACAAGCUUACCUACCGAAUGGUCUCGAGUCAAACAGAAAUCACUAUCCAGAUUCAAACGGGGAGCGGCAUGCGUAUGCAGAAUCAAUCAUCAGUCACUCUAGUCUAGCCUCCAUAAAACUCGAGUCCUCUCUGUUCAGAACUGCAGGUGAUUUUCCAGAAGCCAACGGAACUAACCUCCACCACCAAAUCCGGGGUAUUGUUACCUCUAACGGGACUGGUAAUUAUCCAGAUGUUAAAUUGCCGAAUGGCAGCGGCAUGAUUCCGUCGAGCAGUAGUAGCUUGUCAGAUAUUGUUGAAGAAUGGAUUGAACAGUAUGAACCUGGUGUGUAUAUAACACUGGUGGCCAUGCACGAUGGAACGAGAGAUCUGAAACGAGUGCGCUUUAGCCGGAGGAGAUUUGGAGAGAACCAAGCAGAAAAUUGGUGGUCAGAGAACCGAGACAUGGUAUACGAAAAAUACAAUGUUCAUACCACGGACAAGUCUUCUAACCAAGCAGCGCAUAAGUCAGACGUUGCUGGUUCUCCUAUCUCCCAAACAUAG